AUGAAUACUCGAACAGAUCAACCGGUACAACAUUCUAGUUUAACAACAAAUAACAAUAAUUUCGUACCAUCCAGCACAGCUAUAGCACCACAAAAAUACGUAUCAAAUGUUAAUCCAGCAGGAGUGAUGUCUGAUACAAAAUUUCAGACUAUUGGUCCGGGUGUACCACAGACUGAUGAGAUAAUGAAUGUUGUCGAUGACAGUAACAAUCCUGGACGUUUUCGUAUGAUACGGGUCGAUAGAAGUUUUGGUCGGGGUCGAUGGAAGAUAAAUGACUAUGAACCACCCGCAGAUUUGAAUGACAGUGAUGGUGUUAAUACAACAAACUUACCCGCACCGUUAACAAAUAAUGACGGAAAAAUAACAACGAUGUCAUCGAUACCUCUCACAAACAGUUCAACAGGAACUUCAAACGUCGAUAAUACAGCAAUGUCCACAGCUGCUACAGCCGCUGCAGCAGCGGCUGCCGCAGCCUCCCAAAGAUUGUCAGCUACGCAAGCUACUGCCAACAUGCCGCCACCCGGAUUAAUUUUUCCACCCUCGAUGACGAUUCCAAAUCUUCAAAAUCAAUCACUUUUUGUACCAAAUCUAAGUUAUUUUCCACCAGGAUUUGGCGGCUUUUAUCAUCCACAGUAUCCAUUCGCAAAUCCACAAUACGCACAAUGGGCAGCUGCAAUGGCUGCUAGUCAAGCUCAAAUGGGUUUAAAUCCAUCCACAUCAAUGCCAACAUAUUUACCACUUAACCCAACGGCUAAUCUCAAUGAUAAUAUUCGCCAACAUUUAGAUGCCAAUUUUACUGUUCCUGAUCACAAUGGAGAUAUUUCAUCAAAUAAUUUAUAUAAUACGAGUGAUGCGAUGAAUAAUUCUCAAUUUGCACAAUAUUUAUUUGGACAACAGUUUUCAUCACCAGUUCCAAAUCAAUAUUCGUUUCCACAACAACAACAGUUAAUAAAUCAAUUACUCACAAAUAAUUCUAUGACAACGAACGAAAUGAAUGCUCUAUCAACCGAGCAACAGCGACAAACUAACCCCGAGGUUUUUCAGCAAAAAUUAAAUGUAUCAGAGCAAGCAAAGUCAGUGCUGACAUCGCCGUCAAAAAAAGAAAAUGAUAAUUCGCAACAGCAACAACAACAACAACAGCAACAAUCGAAUAGUUUAACAAACACAAAUCAAUUUUCAACGAUUAAAAAUCUCAUUCAAUCAUUACCAACAACAGCACUUGAUUCCAGGACAAAUGGACAGCAAUCAAACGAUAAAUCAAUGUCCGAAAUUCCCACUAAAAUAUUAGACGAAUCAACAGGAAACAUGUCUACGUCGUCAACUGUUACACCUCAACAUAUUCUUUCACCUGUUAUGACUGUACCACAAUUUCGAUCAUCUCAAAAUGUUACACCGACAACUUUAAAUAAUAUUUGGAAUAUGACAACAACGCCGUUAAGUUUAUCACAAAAGGCUCAAACGGCAGCAGCCACAGCUGCUGUGGCAAUGGAAUUGUUAAAUGUUGGUACUGGAAAUGAAAGUAAAAAUCAAGAAAUAGCGAAUGAAAUCCUAAAAGAAUUAACAACUCCGACUAAACAGCACAAGUUGAUUCGUCAACUGAGUACCACAGAUAUUGAUAACAAGAUUUCGGCCGCGAUGGAUUUGGUCAAAAUGCAUUUAUUAUCAGCUGUACGAGAAGAAGUCGUCGAUUUACGUCAACAAAUAAAAGCAUUGCAUGAAAAAUUGUCUCUAUGUGAACUUGAACGUGACUAUCUUCGUCUACAUGUUCCGAGUGAAAUUUUAGCUCAGUUUAAUUCUACAAUCAAUUCUAAUUCUAAUAAUAAUAACAGUAACAUAGAUGGCAGUGUGCCUUCAAAUAUGACGAUAACAAAUUCAAUCGGUACACCUAUUACGAACAGUAUUAUUACUCCAGCUAGUCAACUUUCGUCUUUACCUCUAUCGUCAUCAACAACAGCACCACUACCACCUUCUUCUCUAAAUUCAGCAUUGCAGAACACAUGA